AUGAAAUAUUUUAUUCUUCUUUAUUUCAUACUAUUUAUACCAGUUAUUUUUUCUUUUAAACUAGGUUUAUUAAAAUUUAUUAAAAAAAAACUUUUUCCAUCACCAGCAACAUUACUAACAACAACAACACCACCAACAACAAUACCACAAACAACAACACAAUCAAUUAAUACAACCAAACGUCCAUGGCAAAAAUGGAAUAUAACAUUAAAUGACACAUUAGUAUUAAGAUUAGGAUAUAGAGGAGUAAAAAAAUUUAACAGAGAUAAUAAAACUAUUGAAUUAACAUUUAUAAACGUUACAUCAGCUUUUGAACUUGGUGAUGUAAAAAAAGGAAACAGAGAAGUUAAGCUAAUAGUUAUGGUUUCAAGAAUCUAUAAAAAUAAAACUGAUAAUAGUGAACAAAAUAUUUGCCAAUUACUUCGUACUGUAUGUAAUGCAACUAAAAUUGGCAAAAACAUAAGAUAUAAGGUAGAAAGAGUAAAACUUUUUAAUGUAUAUGUAAAAGGAGAAUGUAAACCUACCGUAAAUAUUACAGAAAUUGAAGAAAAAGCAAAAAAAAGAGAAGAAGCAAAAGCAAAUGCAAGCACAAAUACAAGCACAAUUACAAGUACAAUUGCAAGCACAAUUACAAGCACAAAUACAAGCACAAAUACAAGCACAAUUACAAGCACAAUAGAAAAAGAAAAGUAA